AUGUUUGGAUUAAUAAAAGGUUUUGAAAUUAAAAUAGAUAUGUUUAUUAACGAUGUCAAAUCAGGAAAAUUUCUAUACUUCCCAAAAGUGAAAAAAAUGUUAGGUGAAGUGGACAUUUUUGAACAAACCAAUUGGGAUUUUACCAAUGAAUUUUCAAAUAUUGUUGAUUUUAAUGAUUACUAUCUUAAUUGGAUGGAAUUAGAAAAUUUAGAAAUGCAGUUAAUCGAUUUGCAAACUAAUCCAAUUUGGACAAAUAAAUUUGUGAAUAUGCGAGAGCGUAUCGAAGAAUUGGAACGUCAUCGAAUACAUAACGAAGAAACAGAUUGCGGUGUUGACAACAUAAUAUUAGAAGUAUGGAAUAAUAUUCCAGAAAAUUUUUCUUCUGUCAAAAAAUUAGCAAUUUCAUUGUUAACAAUUUUUUCUUCAACAUAUGCUUGCGAAAGUCUCUUUUCGGUAUUAAAUCAUACACAUACAAAGGCUAGGAACAGAUUAACGGAGGAAGAUUCGGCAGCAUGUAUUGCCUUGCAAUCAACAUCAUAUCAACCAGAUAUAAAAAACCUUUCAACCAAAAUGAAGCAAAAGAUUUCUAACAAACAAUAA